AUGCCGGGAGACUCUUCUAACACUGCGGGUGAGAACUACAUGGAUGACGAUUUGUUCGAAUAUGAUGCGGAUAUUCCGGAUAUCGACACGACUAUCAGACAGCCCACCCCUGAGAAGAAGGAUGGGACCAAGGACAAUCUAGGACUUGAGGAAGAAGUCAAGAUCAGGAAAAAGCGGAUCAAUGUCAAACUGGAUGAGGCAAGGCUCUUGAGAGAAGACAUUGGGAUUCCCAAACUCAGAAGGGAGGCUCACAAGAAACUCAGGUUCAAGGGGAAAGGCUAUGAAUACCGAGAUGCCGCGAGACUACUUUCCUACUACCAACUCUGGGCCGACGACCUCUACAAAAAAGCCAAAUUCCGAGAUACCCUUCAGAUCAUCGAGAAGCUCGGUCACUCUCGGAGAAUGAAAAUGGAGAGGGAAGCCUGGGUUAUGGAUAGUAAGAAAAAGACAAGUGGCGAUACAGAAGAAAAGAGUUUGGAUCAAGGCUUGGAUGAAGGGAGGCCAGGAACCAGCACUACACCAGGGGUUCAAGGCGAUGAAGUUCCACCCAACGAUGAUGACCUAUACUCAAGACCGACAGGUGCGGUUGCUCCUACUACAGGCAAUGAUGGAGCUUUGUUCCUAGGUGGAGUCCCUAGUGAUUCCGAGGAGGAAAACUUUGGGCCCAGUGACGAUGACCUAGAUGCAUUGAUGGAUGAAAUGGCUGCCGCGGGUGCUGCAGGUGUCCCUGCUAUAGGCACAACUACUGUAGCAGCUAGUUUGAUUGAUAAAGGGAAGGAUCUUCCUAAAGUCACCCCUAUUGCCCCUCCAAUCGACGAAUUCGCAGACGAAAUGGAAGCUAUGGCAGAGUUGGAGGGCGAUUGGUAG